GUUCGAACGGCACCCCUGCUUACAGAAGCCCAGUGUUAAUGAUGAAGCUCUACCUCUUCUGCGUCUUCUGGCUCGUUGGUGUCCACGGUCUGGAGAAGUUCCAAGGACCUCUGUAUAAGGUCACCUGUCAAGAGGGCACCUCAUGUGAAGCUAUGUACUGUGGCUCUGGGAAUGUCAAUGAAGAGGUGCCACGACUCCUUCCGAUUAAUUUAACAAGCUCAACUAUACUCUACUGUGAUCAGAACACUUCGUGCUUCCCGUGCAUAAGCGUCGAAUUAACAGCAUCAUUGUCAGCAUCAGAGAUAAGCAGGAGUUUUGGUGGAAGUGCAAGUGGAUUCAUGAGAAGCAAAGGCAAUAACACAGAUGAAGAAAGCAGUGAAGAGGACUAUAAUGAAGUAAGUGGGUGGAUAUAUAUUUCCACCCACCAACCCGAAGGUGGGAUAAGCAAUUGUGUACAACUCAAGAUUCAAUUCACUGACUAUAACACAUUAUCAAGGUCCACAUCAGUGGCUACAGUGAAGUUGAAUUGCUUUAAAGCAGCCAUGAGCAGUGAGGUUCAGGUAAAGGCUUUCACAAAACCUGAAAACAAGAUUUUGGAGCACACCCAUAAAGUGGAAGAUUGCACUUGGAAAGAAUUUCUAGAGAACAUUGAAUGGUGCAAAGUCCCAGAAAUUAAUAUGACGCUGGAAAAAAAGCUGCAAAUGGCUGUUUUUAACGUACCACAGAAUUACUACACAAUGUUCAAGUAUGAUGUUACACCAUCCUUUGAGAGCAAAAACCCGCUGGAUUUGAUCAAAUUGAAUACGACCAAUAUGUAUCGCAACUUCUCGGAUAUUGUCCCGUGUUUGUGUAUGGAGAUGUGGUCUGCAACAAUAGAAGAUGCCAGAAGACGUAAAAUAUGCCCGUUUACAAAGAAGGAAGAGUUUCGAGAGAAUGUUUGGAGCCUGAGCAGCUUGGCAGUGGAGUACAAGGGGAAUGCACUACAGUGGACACUGUCGUCCCCUUGCAGCCUGACUGGGGACAUCUCACUUUGUUCCAAAUCAGAAGAUGGCGAAUUUUGUCAGGCCAUCCCUCACUCCAGACAGAUUAUUCAAGUUAAUGAACUGAGGGAAUUCAGAAGUGUGGACCCACACCCUUCACUCUGUGUAAAGGUUCUCUCUGGGAAGCAUGUCAAUCUUAGUUGCCCUUUUGGCAGUGAUUCCUCACCCCUGUGGAGAUUGGAGUCAAAAAUUAAACAGAACAUUGCUACUGUGAAGAUACUUCAUGAAAGAAAUCAAAUGAACUUUUCGAUCUGCAUUAAGAAAAGAAACAAAUGUGAACAUUUUCUGCAGGAGAUACAGCAGAUUAACCAAUGGAUGAAGCAAAUAGACUUAAUUUCACAGGAUUGCCUGCAGGUCUGGCGAUCUGAUGUGAGGUUCUCUCCACGAAUCACUCUGUGUCCCUUUGAGAUAUAUACAAGAGUGCGAUGGACUUUAUUAAUGGUAUUAUUACUAAUACUGGUUAUAAUCAUGAUUGCCAUACUUAUGGUCAAAAAAGUACUUCUUAAAGGUUGCACAAAGAUGAUCAAGUGGGAUUAUAAUGCAACAACUUCAGGUUCUCGAGAUAGUAUCCUUCUACUGUAUUCAGCAGAUCACAGGAGGUUUAAAGAACUAGUCAACACUUUUGCCUCUGCACUGGUCAGCAUAAAUGUCAAAGUAGUUGUGGACCUAUGGAAAUAUGGAGAAAUCGGCAUUCAAGGCCCUUUGGCAUGGUUCCACUCUCAAAAGAUUAAGAUUUCAGAAGAAGGUGGAAAAAUCAUCAUCCUUUUUUCCAAGGGUGCCAGUAUAAAAUAUAAUGAAUUCUUAAACCCCACAGGGAAUUCUGAAACCAUGCAUGACCCAUAUGAUGGAUUUAUGGCCUCCUUAAACUGUGUGCUUCCUGAUAUCACUAAAGGGAAUAUUUCUGGAACAUACGUUGUCGCAUACUUCGAAGGUCUUUUGAACAGAACAUGCAUACCAGAGAUAUUUAAUAAAAUGCCCAUCUACAGUUUACCUUCACAAAUCUCUGAGUUCCUUCAAGAAAUUGGGUUAUCAACCAAACACAUCUCUGAGCAGAAGAAAUAUGGCUCUCUAACAACAAUUAGCAGAUCUCUCAGGGAUGUCAUUAAGGAGUGUCAGAGGUGGGAACGAAUCUCAGUUGGGUGCCUUAAAUGCAAGACAUUAGAGGGGAUAUCCAACGAACAACAUGAAAGUAAUGCGAUGAUAAAUAUCCCACUUAUGAAAAUUGAGAAGCUUUCUACAGUCUGAAGAUCCCUUAAGGAAAAAUCUUUCUUAACAUUACCCAAGAGUGAAAGAUUAUAGCAAAGGCAGGUUGUUAUAAAGUAUAUUAUACAAAAAGUAAGAACUAUAAGCAUAUUCUGAUGAUGUCACUCCUGCAGCUUUGGGAUGGCUACCUUCGUUUUGGUAAGGUUACUGAGCUAGAAUGUUUUAAACCAAUACUUGAUAAAUAAUACUUUCUAAAGCACUCAUCAAUCUGAAAAACGAAACAAUCUUCAACGUGAUGCAAUGUUAAAUGAUUGAUUCUUUAAUGAAGGGACCAACAAACUGAAAGAAUUAAUAUGUUCUUUUGGAAAUGAAGAUAUAUUUGUUUAUCCUCUAGAUUUUGUUAAUAAAUAAACUGUACAUGUACUAGGUAAUGAAAAUCUGUUCUCAAUCUCAGGGUGCUCAGGCUUGCAAUAUAGAAAAAGACUUCAGAAAGACUUCAUUCACUCCCAAAAAAAAUCCAACAUGAACAAAUGGACCUCUUCAUUCUUCUACAGGAGUUAUUUUGUGACCGAAAUGUUUGUGUAUAGUCCAUCAAUG